AUGGAGUUAUAUUUGUCAAGUAGUCGCUUUACUCUGUUCCUGGUGUUUCUUGUGAGUGUCCCGGUCCACUGCCCCGCGGAGGAGCACACAGCCCGCUUUGUGAGGAGGCUGACCCGGCCUGAGCGCUCCUCUGUACCGCACACACAGCCCCAUGCCCCCAGGUCCCAGUCCAUGGAAGUUCCCCCUCUGCCUUACCUCCACCUGCCUGUGUCCCUGGACUCCGUGAAGCCGCUGCUGGACCCGGAGCACUUCCAUCCCUCCGCGGGCACCGGACUGGAGCCGCUGCCUGACCCGGUCCAGGAGCUCCUCAGACCGGCUAACCCCCACCCCACGGAGCCACAGCCCGAGGCCUCCGUGCGGAUCGACUGCAAACACAACCGCAUGUUCGUGGAGGUGGACCGAGGCGUGCUGGGGAGCGGAGACCGGGAGAGUGCACUGAGGCUGGGCUCAUGCACCGCCACCAAAGCCACGGAUGAAUACGUCUAUUUUGAGUCUAAACUGAACAAGUGCGGCACCAAACAAACAAGGGAGCAGGACCAGGUGGUUUUCUCCAACGCACUUCACUAUGAACCAGAGACGGGCCCCCGACCCAUCAGACGCACAGCCCCCUUCACCCUGCACCUGUCCUGCCGCUUCAACAGAUUCCAGUACUCGUACAAAGUCGGCUACAGGCCCAAACUGAGUGUCCAAAACCUGUUCAAACGUAUCAGGAACAGGGAGAAACUCACCCUUUCUCCAAGAAACGCCCUGUGGGAGCCCCUCUCCUCCUCCGAUGCUUUCGCUUUAGGGAGGCCUAUGUUUUUCGAGGCCCAGGCAGAGUUCCUCUCUCCUGGGCGGAGGCUGUACAUUCAUUCCUGCUUCGCCACUCCAAACCCAUCGCCCUCCUCUACUCCGCGUUUCACCAUCAUCAACAACUACGGCUGCAUGGUGGAGAGCAAAGAUGGCCGCUCGUCCUUCAUCACUCACAGAAACGACGCUGUCCGCUUUUCCGUGGACGCGUUUAUUUUCCACGGAUUCAGAGGAAAACAGAUGUACAUGCACUGCUCCUUGUCACUGGGCCCCGACACUCCCACAGUCACAGACAAGUCCUGCAACUACCACCCUCAAACCAGGAGGUGGGUGGAGCUUCAUGGGGCGGACGACGUUUGUUCCUGCUGUGAGUCGCACUGUGGCUCUUCUGCUUCGAGAGAGACUGUGAUCAGCAGCAAAGCCUGGAACAUUAACAUCAAACCUGCAGGAAAGAAAACCAGGCACGAGAUGUCAAAUAGAUCCACCAAAAGGAAAUCUAACCCCUCUGAGGUCUGGACCGCCGCACCUCCAGAAGAGAGGGGGGAGACGGGAGAGGCCCAGCCCAUCUCCGAGGACGUGCGCUGGGCUGUGACGGACGAGGAGCCGCUGGACGUGGUGGGCUCUGCGGAGGUGGAGGAGCUGGAGGAGCUGGAGGAGCUGGAGGAGGAGGGAACACACAGGAUUUUUGAAGAAAUCUUUGACCUGUCCCUGUACAACCUCCCACACAGUGAAAUAAAGAGAUGAAAU